AUGGACGGAGGCAACAACGACAAGACCCAUUUGACGUUCCAAAAUGUCGGCCUCGCCUUUUCCUUCAUCGUCUUUGACGCUCUUGUCUCGCACUUGCUCCGGCUCGGUGUCGGUACAUCACUCGUGACGGCGGCGACGAGAUGCAUUAUCCAGCUGAGCGUGAUGGCGCUCGUGCUGGCACAGAUAUUCGAGACUGGCAAUCCAUGGGGGAUAGCCGGGAUUGCAGGCUUGUUGAAUCUUAUGGGGACGCUGGAGACCGUUAUCAACAAGGCGAAGAUGCGCUUUCAGUAUAUGUUUCCUUCAGUUCUUCUUGCCAUGGUUGGCUCUACGAUUCCCGUAUCAAUCAUCGGCACUCGAUUUGCUAUGGCAAUCCGACCAUUCUGGAUCGCGGACCAAUACAUACCUAUUGUGGGCAUGCUCUGCGGGAGCACCAUCUCUGGAAUGGUCAUCGCCGUGAACUAUGUCCUGAAGGAGCUCCAUGAGAAUAGAGACAAAGUCGAAGUGUAUCUCGCCUUCGGCGCGACGCGCUUCGAGGCAUGCAAGCCAAUCGCAACCGACGCACUUCGUCUCGCACUGACGCCUAACGUCAACCAAAUGAGUGUACUGGGAAUCAUCUCCAUCCCAGGCAUGAUGACCGGCGCGAUCCUCGGCGGGUCCUCCGUGCAGCAGGCCGCGCGCCUGCAGAUGGUUAUCAUGUUCAUGAUCUCGUCAUGCACAGCACUCUCGAGCAUGUUCAUCACCGUGUGCGCGCUCGGCGUGGUGGUGGAUGGUGAACACCGCAUAAGGGGCGAUCGGAUCGACACGAGGCCGCAUGCGGUCUAUCGUGCGCGGGGGAGGCUGGUGGAGGGCGCGAAGAGUGGUGUGAAUGGUGUUGUCGGGAGGGUGAAGGGGCUAGUUGGCGGGAAGGGGGGAGAGGAAAGAGAGGAGGGGGAGAGGGAGCGGUUGUUGGGGUGAUGAUACAGUCCGAAGGUAUUUGUGUGUAUUGAAACGUGUUGUCUUAGAAAGUACACAAAAUAGACGG